AUGAGUUGCAAUCUUAUCCUUAGUUUUAACAAGAAUACUUUAGGCUGGAAUUUGGUGAAGGAGCAGUAUACCAGAGCAGUGGCAGAUUUGACUGCUGAAGUGCAAUCCCUGCAGGAACAGCUGAGAGUUAGCAAGAAUGAGGGUAGAACAGCCAACAUGCAGGCAGCAGAACUGCGGCAGACACUGGAAGUCUUGGGACAAGAACUGCUGAAGAGGGAACAGGAGAGAGACGACGCAAUCCGUAGAGUAGGGACAUCUGACAGCAGGGAGACGGAAAUGAGGGAGAUUAUAGUUGAACUAGAAUCAAAAUUGUCUACCCAGAACUAUGAGGUGGAUCAGCUUAAAAAGGACAAGACAGAACUGGACCAAAAACUAACAGAGCUUCAAAAGAAAAAUUCUGAUCUGGAGCAAAAGGAGUAUGAAUUUCAUUUGCAAAACAGGGAGAAUGUUCAAAUGGCAGAGAAUGCUUUGUUAGAAAAAGAUCAGGCUCUGCUCAGAGAACAGCAACAAACAGAAGAAAACCAGAGACUACAGGACCAGAUGAGUAAACUGAUAGAUGAGGCUGGCCUCAGGACCAAGAAAGAGGUGGAAAAUAUCCGUAAGCAGUGCAAUAACAAUAUUGCCAAACUCAUGGAAGAACUUCAGAAUAUGGAAAUGGACAACAGUGAGAAGCAAGCCCAACUUGAAAGAGCUAUCAGAGAGAAGAGAGCAGUGGAGUCUGAACUAGAAAAACUGUAUCAGGAAGGCCUGGUGAUGGGAAGCAAGGAGCAGGCAAACUAUGAGGAGUUGAACAAAAGAGCUUGUCAAGCCGAAACUCUCAGGGACGAAGCUGUCAUUAAGCUGGAGUCUCUGCAGGGGAAUGUGAAGAGAAUGGAGAUGAAUCACAUUCAGGAGAAAUCACAACUUCAAAUGCAAAUUGAUCAGCUACGUGAGCGUGUGACAACAAUGUCACAAGAAUUUGAGGACGUCAACCAAGAGCGUAUGAAACUGCUCGACGAAACUGAUAAGUUAAAAAGAAAAACGCAGCAGGCACAGAAAGAAAAAGAAGCUGCAGAUAGGAAAUGUAGCAAAGAGCUUACCUUACGAGAUCAGGAGCAGCUGAUGAAGGAGCGUGAGUGUGAAGUGCGCAUGCAGAGCAUGGAAGAUGCACACAGACAGUCCACCAAAGAACUCAGGAAUAUGCUGUUACAGCAACAGAGAAUGGGGGCCAAAUGGAAAGAAGAAUGCCAAGCAAUUAGCCAAAAAUUUGAAGGCAAAAUAACAGAUCUGCGAGAUGAAAAUGGCCGUUUGAAGCGCAGAGCAGAGGAGCUGACUAGGCUCCUGGAAGAGUGCAAAGAAAAAACUGUACAGGCAGAAAACCUUGUUUUAGAGUAUACCAACAAUAUUAAGAAGAUGGAGAAUCGUGUGAGAGACGCAGAGUCACGAGCCAAAGAUGCUGCUACACAGGUAUCCAAGCAAUUGGCUAGAGAACGUAGGAUGAGGCAAGAAAGACGCUUCCUGGCCAGUGAACUGGACAGGUCACAGUCAGGACAUCCAGGGGUCAGGUAG